AUCAUAAGAACAACAGCAAUACAACAAGCAUUCCACCGCAGACCAUUGAUAGUCAACUACAUUUUGAUGUUAAUUAAUAUCAAUGUUCUAACCACAAACUCUUAUAGUAUUCCAGUUUCAGUUUAGACUACUUACAAAAUUGAGUAUAAAUAACUUCAUAUCUUCAUCAACAUUCCAUCAUCAAUCGAGCAAAAAGCUAAGAGCUAGUAGCUAAAUAUAAUCUAAAAUGGCUGCAUGUAAGCGAUUAGUUGUCGCUUGCUUUUUCUUAGUGUUGUUGCUAGCAGAAGCCAAUGCGCAAGGCUUGAAAGUAGGCUUCUACAGCAAAACAUGCCCACAUGCCGAGGGUAUUGUUAAAAAGGUCGUGUUUGCUGCCAUGAAGAAAGCGCCUACCCUUGGUGCUCCUUUGCUUAGAAUGUUCUUCCACGACUGCUUCGUUCGGGGAUGUGAUGGAUCAGUCUUGUUAGAUUCAUCUAACAAUCAAGCCGAGAAGAAUGCCGUUCCUAACCUAAGCCUUCGAGGGUUCGACAUCAUAGACGAUUCCAAGGCAGCUCUAGAAAAAGUGUGCCCUGGCAUAGUUUCUUGCUCUGAUAUCUUAGCCCUUGUCGCUAGGGACGCAAUGGUUGCACUUGAAGGACCAACGUGGGAAGUUGAAACGGGAAGAAGAGAUGGUAGGGUUUCUAAUAUCAAUGAGGUCAACUUGCCAUCACCUUUUGAUAACAUCUCAAAACUUAUCACCGAUUUUCGCACAAAGGGACUCAACGAGAAAGAUCUAGUCAUUCUUUCAGGUGGCCACACUAUUGGGAUGGGUCAUUGCCCUCUAAUGUCAAACCGUCUUUACAACUUCACCGGAAGAGGAGACAGCGAUCCGAGUUUGGACUCGGAGUACGCCACUAGCCUCAGGAAGAAAUGCAAGCCGACCGACACCACGACGGCUCUAGAGAUGGAUCCAGGAAGUUUCAAGACAUUCGACGUGAGCUACUUCAAGCUAGUGGCAAAGAGAAGAGGGCUUUUCCAGUCGGAUGCUGCUCUAUUGGACAACUCAAAGACUAGGGCUCAUGUCUUGGAGCAGGCACGUGGGUCAACCUUCUUUCAUGACUUUGGUGUCUCGAUGGUGAAAAUGGGUCGGACCGGAGUUCUUACUGGUCGGGCCGGGGAGAUCCGUAAGAUGUGUCGUAUUCCUAACUAAGAAUUUUUUUUAAAAGAAUGAAAAAUCUCUCGGCGUGUUUAAUUCUUAUGGUUUGCUUGUUUGCUUAAAAAACGUUAAUUAAGUGUGAUUUGUGUUGCUUUGGAAUAAGAGAAGCCAUGUAUUUGGAAAUGAUUUAAUACUAUAAUAGACUGUUCUGAAAA